AUGUCUACGGGGAAGAUCUGUUGCCUGGUGCUGCUGACGCUGGGGGUGCUGGCGGUGGUUGUUGCCCUCGUGGUCAUCCUGACUCGACCCCAGUGCGGUUCUCAGCGCUACCUGCACGGUGCUGUGGCUGCUGACACCGAGACCUGCUCCGUCAUCGGCCGGGACAUCCUGAAAAGUGGAGGCACAGCUGUCGAUGCUGCCAUUGCUGGCUUGAUCUGCACCUCAGUGAUGAAUCCUCAGAGUUCGGGCCUUGGUGGUGGGGUCGUAUUUACCAUCUAUAAUGCCAGCACAGGUACGGUCGAGGUGAUCAACGCCCGCGAGACAGUCCCACGAGUGUUUCCGCACGAUUUGUUGUCCGGCUGUGCUGCUAACAUCCUCAUUGGUUCCCGCUGGAUUGCUGUGCCAGGAGAACUUCGUGGGUAUGAAGAAGCCCAUAAGCGACAUGGCCGGUUACCAUGGAAAGCCCUGUUUGAACCAACCAUCAAGCUCCUUUCAGAGCCACUUGUCAUUUCCCCGGUGAUGGACAGAAUGAUGCGUCACCCAAAUUUCUCCAUUCUAGGAAAAAGCCUGUGCCCACUGAUAUGUGAUGGACAAAGGUUUUUGAAGCAUGGAGAGGCCUUCAGGUGGCCAGUGCUGCAGCAAACACUGAGAGCUGUAGCGGAAAACGGAGCUACGGAAUUUUAUGAGGGACAGAUUGGAAAGGCCCUCGUGGAGGACAUGAGGAAGGCUGGGUCCAGUAUCUCACUGGAGGACCUUCAGGCAUACAAAGCAGAGGUGUCCUCAGCUCUGAACAUUACCCUGAACAAUCACACCACAGUGUAUUCUCCUGGACCACCCAUGGGAGGUGCUGUACUCAUGUUCAUCCUCAAGAUAUUGGAAGAGUAUAACCUCCAUGAGGCAUCACUGGCAACACCUGAGCAGAAGGUAGAAACCUACCAUCGCAUUGCAGAGGCCCUGAAGUUUGGCAAUAUGCUAAGACCCCAAAUGAGUGACCCAGCCUUCUCCGAAGCACAGGUGUCAGUGGAGACCAUGCUGUCAGACCAGCUUGUUGAGCUUGCCAGACACCGAAUAGAUACCCAUGGUGACCAUCCACUUAGUCAUUACAACUUACUGGAGUCCACCUACAACCACAAAUACAAAAGCAGAGGUACAAGCCACAUCUCUGUGCUCGCUGCAGAUGGCAGUGCCGUGUCUGCCACCAGCACCAUCAACUACCCGUUUGGUUCCUUUGUGUAUUCUAACCAAACUGGAAUCAUUUUAAACAACGAACUGGCUGAUUUCUGCAUAUCGGACAGAAGCAUUAAACCAGGAGAGAAGCCUCCCUCAGCAAUGGUUCCUUCCAUUCUCAUCUCCAGGAAAGGGGACAUGCUCGUGAUUGGAGGAGCAGGUGGGGCCCGGAUUAUCAGUGCUACUGCUAUGGCGAUUAUAAACAAGCUGUGGUUGGGUUAUGACUUGGAACAUGCCAUUUCAGCCCCCAUCAUGCAUAUUGAAGAUGACAAGAUUCAAUUUGAGGAACAUUUCAGUGAGGAGGUUAAGAGCGGCCUGCUGGGAAGAGGACAUAAAGGAAAGGAAGUUAAAUUUGCAAUGAAUGUUGUGCAGGGAAUUUCCAAGGAAGGAAAAUGCAUCGCUGCUUACUCUGAUAAAAGGAAACUGGGGAAGUCAGCUGGGUAUUAG